AUGCAGUUGACUUCCAUCAUCAGCUUCUGGGCGUUAGCCCUAUUCAGCCUCGUCCUCGCUGCAGAGCCCGUGCCGCGAGGUCAGCUCACCCAAGUCAACAGCUAUGGCAACAAUCCCACCGGCACAAAGAUGUUCUUGUACGUGCCCAAGAACUUGAAGGCCAACCCUGCUGUCGUCGUUGCUCUUCACUACUGUGGUGGUACAGGUCAGGCUUACUACCAGGGUACCAAGUGGGCUUCCAAUGCUGAGAAGUACGGAUUCAUUGUUGUCUAUCCUCAGACUCCUUAUUCCGGUGGCUGCUGGGAUGUCUCUUCCAAGAUGACCUUGACCCACGAGGGUGGUGGUUGCAGUACCUCUGUUGCCAACAUGGCCAAGUAUGUCCUCAAGCAGUACAACGGUGAUCCCAAGAAGGUUUUCGUCACUGGUGAAUCUUCCGGUGCCAUGAUGACCAACGUCAUGCUUGCUACCUACCCCGAUGUCUUCGCCGCAGGAAGCGCCUAUGCUGGUGUUCCCGCCGGUUGCUUCGUCAGCCAGGCAAACCAAGCCGCUGCAUGGAACUCAACCUGCUCCCAAGGAAAGUCCAUCUACACUCAGACUCAGUGGGCCAACGUCGUCAAGAACAUGUAUCCCGGCUACAACGGUGCUCGCCCCAAGUUCCAGAUCUACCACGGAACCGCCGAUCCUACUCUCAAUGUCCAGAACUACUAUGAGGAGAUCAAGCAGUGGACUGGCAUUUUCGGAUACUCUUCCAACCCUCAGUCAUCCACACCCAACACUCCCGCCAGCCCUUACACUCGCCAGGUCUUUGGUGAGAAGUUCCAGGCUUUCUUGGGCCAGGGCAUUGGACACGGUAACCCUCAUUUCGACGACAACGAUCUCAAGUGGUUCGGCUUCAUCGUAAGUCAUGUCCAAAAUCCCACCGAAGCCAGAAACUGA